AACAGGUGGAGGAAGAAGGUCUGGUGAAGUAUAAAGGCACACUACCCCUCACCUCUAAAACCCCUGCAUCUCUUUCUCUAAAACUCUCUCUCUCUCUCUCUCUCUCUCUCUCUCUCUCUAAAACUCUCUCGCGUUGGAGUUUGUAUACAGAUUCAGACGCCAUUGAUUCUCUCACAUCAUAAACCUACUGAUUGGAUGCACUUCAUCACACAUUAAUAUCACUCCGUUCGUUCAUUUCUCGGCGAUAUCGACGGUGAUUUCUGCUCUCAACCGCUGCAACCAUGGGGACCGAUAAGGCUCUCAGUCUCGAAGAGAUUAAAAACGAAACUAUUGAUCUGGAGAAAGUACCGAUUGAGGAGGUGUUUCAACAGUUGAAAUGUAACCGAGAAGGUCUAACCUCAGAUGAAGGAGCUGCGAGACUGCAAAUUUUCGGACCCAACAAAUUGGAGGAGAAAAAAGAAAGCAAAAUACUCAAGUUUCUCGGGUUCAUGUGGAAUCCUCUAUCGUGGGUCAUGGAAGCUGCAGCCAUUAUGGCAAUCGCAAUGGCUAAUGGAGGUGGAAAGCCACCAGAUUGGCAAGACUUUGUUGGUAUUGUUUGCCUUCUUGUUAUUAACUCAACCAUCAGUUUUAUUGAAGAAAACAAUGCUGGAAACGCGGCUGCUGCACUUAUGGCUGGUCUCGCCCCUAAAACCAAGGUUCUUCGGGAUGGUCGUUGGAGUGAACAAGAAGCUUCCAUCUUGGUCCCGGGAGAUAUUAUCAGUAUCAAACUUGGUGAUAUUGUUCCUGCUGAUGCUCGUCUUCUAGAAGGUGAUCCGUUAAAGAUUGACCAAUCUGCCCUUACUGGUGAAUCACUUCCUGUGAACAAGAAUCCGUAUGACGAGGUGUUCUCCGGAUCAACUUGCAAGCAAGGUGAAAUCGAAGCGGUUGUUAUCGCCACUGGUGUGCACACUUUCUUCGGAAAGGCUGCACAUCUUGUGGAUAGCACUAACCAAGUUGGUCAUUUCCAACAAGUUCUUACGGCGAUCGGAAACUUCUGUAUCUGCUCCAUUGCUGUUGGAAUGUUGGUUGAGAUAAUCGUCAUGUACCCGAUUCAGCACAGGCAGUACAGAAGUGGGAUUGACAAUCUUUUGGUGUUGCUUAUCGGUGGAAUUCCGAUUGCUAUGCCUACUGUGCUUUCGGUCACCAUGGCUAUUGGAUCGCAUAGGCUUUCACAGCAGGGUGCUAUUACUAAAAGAAUGACUGCAAUUGAAGAAAUGGCUGGAAUGGAUGUGCUUUGCAGUGAUAAGACGGGAACACUGACACUUAACAAGCUUACAGUUGAUAAAAAUUUAAUUGAGGUGUUUGCAAAAGGUGUCGAUAAGGAGCAGGUGCUGCUUUAUGCUGCUAGGGCUUCUAGGACUGAGAACCAGGAUGCUAUUGAUGCUGCCAUUGUUGGAACCCUUGCUGAUCCUAAAGAGGCACGAGCUGGAAUUAGAGAGGUUCACUUCUUUCCAUUUAACCCUGUUGACAAGAGGACAGCUUUGACGUACAUCGAUGAGCGUGGAAAUUGGCAUAGAACAAGCAAAGGUGCUCCAGAACAGAUUUUGACCCUCUGUGGAUGCAAAGAAGAUAUGAAAAAGAAAGUUCACGCAAUGAUUGAUAAAUUUGCUGAACGUGGGUUGCGUUCUUUGGCUGUUGGAAAACAGGAAGUGCCUGAAAAAACAAAAGAAGGCCCAGGUGGACCAUGGCAAUUUGUUGGAUUGUUGUCCCUAUUCGACCCACCAAGGCAUGACAGUGCUGAGACCAUUCGCCAAGCUCUCCAUCUUGGUGUAAAUGUCAAAAUGAUUACCGGCGACCAACUUGCCAUUGCUAAGGAGACUGGUAGACGGCUCGGUAUGGGAACAAACAUGUACCCUUCUUCUUCUUUGCUCGGUGGCCACAAGGAUCCAUCCAUUGCAACACUUCCUAUUGAAGAGUUGAUAGAGAAAGCCGAUGGAUUUGCAGGAGUUUUUCCAGAACACAAGUAUGAGAUUGUGAAGAAGUUACAAGAAAGAAAGCACAUAUGUGGGAUGACUGGAGAUGGUGUGAAUGACGCCCCUGCUUUGAAGAAAGCAGACAUUGGAAUUGCUGUUGCUGAUGCUACAGAUGCUGCAAGGAGUGCUUCGGACAUCGUGCUUACCGAGCCUGGGCUUAGUGUUAUUAUCAGUGCAGUGCUUACAAGUCGCGCUAUUUUCCAAAGAAUGAAGAAUUAUACUAUCUAUGCCGUCUCCAUCACCAUUCGUAUUGUGUUUGGAUUUAUGUUCAUCGCUUUGAUAUGGAAGUUUGACUUCUCUCCCUUCAUGGUUUUGAUUAUUGCAAUUCUUAACGAUGGUACCAUCAUGACCAUCUCAAAGGAUAGGGUGAAACCAUCUCCGUUACCUGACAGCUGGAAGCUAAAAGAGAUCUUUGCCACUGGAAUCGUGCUCGGAGGAUACCUUGCACUGAUGACCGUCAUAUUCUUCUGGAUCAUGAAAGACACCGACUUCUUCACAGAAAAAUUUGGUGUUAGAUCUUUGAGAAAUAGUGAAGUUGAGAUGAUGGCGGCUUUAUAUCUCCAAGUCAGUAUAGUCAGCCAGGCUUUGAUUUUUGUAACGCGUUCUCGCAGCUGGUCGUUUAUUGAACGCCCGGGUCUCUUAUUAUUGGGUGCUUUCCUAGCAGCACAACUGGUUGCGACUCUAAUAGCAGUCUACGCAGAGUGGGAAUUCGCAAGAAUCAAGGGAGUCGGGUGGGGAUGGGCCGGUGUCAUCUGGCUCUACAGCAUCGUGUUCUACUUCCCUCUCGAUAUUAUGAAAUUCGCUAUUCGAUACAUCCUUAGCGGGAAAGCCUGGCGCAACAUGCUUGAAAACAAGACGGCUUUCACGACGAAGAAGGAUUAUGGAAGAGAAGAGAGAGAAGCCCAAUGGGCUCUUGCUCAGAGGACAUUGCAUGGUCUUCAAGCACCGGAAACCUCUAAUAUCUUUAACGAAAAGAGCAGCUACAGAGAACUGUCGGAAAUAGCGGAACAGGCCAAGAGACGUGCUGAAGUUGCAAGACUUCGAGAGGUGCUUACACUGAAGGGGCAUGUUGAGUCGGUGGUGAAGCUGAAGGGGCUGGAUAUCGACACAAUCCAACAGCAUUACACAGUGUGAGAGAUGAUGCGUGAAACAACCCUCUUUUUUUAAACAUAGUAUGAGACUAGUAGAAGUUGAUAAUUUGUGUGGGGAAAGGCAUUUUAUGCUGGGAUUUAACCCCAUGAAACUGUUUACUCGUCCUGUUUUGUUUUCCAGUCGCAUUUUCGAGCACUAUUGCGCGUAUGGUUGCUGCUGCUUUGUGUAUGUUUAAGAAAGAAUGAAAAGCAUGUAGCACAUUUCCCAUAAUGUAGUUUCCAUCUCCUUGUCU